CUGGCCCACAGGCGCGGGAUGGAGGGGGAGAUGCAGCCGGCGGAGGAGGGGCCCAGCGUCCCCAAAAUCUACAAGCAGCGCAGCCCCUACAGCGUGCUCAAGACGUUCCCCAGCAAGAGACCGGCGCUGGCCAAGCGCUACGAGAGACCCACCCUGGUGGAGCUGCCGCACGUGCGGGCGCCCCCGCCGCCCCCGCCGCCCUUCGCGCCACACGCCGCCGCCUCCAUCAGCAGCAGCGAGCAGCCGCCGCCGCCGCCGUUCCAGGCGCAGACCUCCUUCCCCCCCGGGCCCGGCCGGGCCGCCGCCGCCGCCUCGUCGUCGUCGCCGUCCUGCACGCCCGGCGCGCCCCAGGGCCCCCUGAGGACCCCGGCGCUGCCGGCCGCUCCCGCCGCGUCGUCGUCGUCGUCCUUCGCCGCCGUCGUCAGGUACGGCCCAGGCCCGGCGGCGGCCGCGGGCAGCAGCAGCAGCAGCAGCAGCAGCAGCAACAACAGUAGCGACGGCGCCAGCCUGGAGCUCAGCGCAGAGAGUCGCAUGAUCUUGGAUGCCUUUGCCCAGCAGUGCAGUCGAGUUCUCAGCCUCUUGAAUUGUGGAGGUAAACUUCUGGACUCCAACCACUCUCAGUCCAUGAUUUCUUGCGUAAAGCAGGAAGGCUCAAGUUAUAAUGAAAGACAGGAACAGUGUCACAUUGGGAAAGGGGUCCCCAGUCAGACCUUAGACAGCGUAGACGUGGAGACGCAGUAUGUGCAGAGGAAGCAACAGACCUCGGCCUUUCUGAGGGUUUUCACUGACUCGCUACAAAAUUACCUGCUCUCAGGGAGCUUUCCGACUCCAAACACCUCCUCCGUCAGUGAGUAUGGCCACCUGGCCGACGUGGAUCCUCUGUCAACCUCCCCUGUGCAUACGCUGGGAGGUUGGACCUCCCCAGCAACAUCUGAAUCCCACGGUCACCCGUCCUCAUCUACACUGCCGGAAGAGGAGGAGGAGGAGGAAGAGGAAGGCUACUGUCCUCGAUGCCAAGAGCUGGAGCAGGAGGUUAUUUCACUACAGCAAGAAAACGAAGAGCUCAGAAGGAAGCUGGAGAGCAUCCCAGUGCCCUGCCAGACGGUUUUAGAUUACUUGAAGACGGUUCUGCAGCACCACAACCAACUCCUGAUGCCACAGCCAGCUGACCAGCCGACUGAGGGGAGCAAGCAGCUGUUGAACAACUAUCCUGUCCACAUAACCAGCAAACAGUGGGACGAGGCUGUAAACUCUUCAAAGAAGGAUGGAAGACGGCUCCUUCGAUACCUCAUCAGAUUUGUUUUCACGACCGAUGAGCUUAAGUACUCAUGCGGCCUUGGAAAAAGGAAAAGGUCAGUGCAGUCAGGAGAGACAGGUCCCGAAAGACGCCCUCUGGAUCCAGUUAAAGUAACAUGCCUCCGAGAAUUCAUUAGGAUGCAUUGCACCUCCAACCCCGACUGGUGGAUGCCCUCCGAGGAGCAGAUAAACAAAGUGUUCAGCGACGCUGUGGGCCAUGCCCGGCAGGGGCGGGCCGUGGGGACUUUCCUGCACAACGGUGGCUCGUUUUAUGAAGGGAUCGAUCACCCAGCUUCGCAGGAUGAAGUCUUCAAUAAAGGUUCCCAGGAUGGAUCUGGGGAUUAG